UGUAAACUUCAGACUUCAACUCAUGGUAAACUCUUUACAGCUUUGGAAAAAACACCUAACUCUGCUAAACAGUACACAACACACUUGGAUGUGCAUCAUAAAUUCUCUACAUCACAUUACAAGAUAGUCAGUCUGAGCUCCCAGCCAAAAUGAGAUUAGCCCUGCAGACUGUCAUUUGCUGCUGUGUUUUCACUACUGUCCUGCCACUGGUAAAAGGUACCCCAGGGGAGCUCAACACCAGUCUGAAAAAAAGGUUUAGAGUAUGGCUGCAGAGCCGUAUGAAGAGAGACCUGCACAACAGCUUAGUGACAGACAAGGACCGGCUCUCUGACAUCCAUGUUGGACCACAGCAGGACGGCAAUGUCUCACCUCCAUCAAGCUUUCGGAUAUGUCCGAUAUCAGCAAAUAUCAGACCCAGGAGGUCAGCAUCAUCCCAAUCAUCCGUCUGCUUCCUAGUCACAUGUGCAUAUCAUGACCUGGUGUACCGACUGCAAGUUACUAGCAACAGGCAAAAUCAGGAAAAUGCUCCCGAUAAGAAGAUUGGCUCGAAGGGUUACGGGCGGCGCCGCCGCUCACUCCAGGAUGUCACUCAGCUUCCCCCCCAGACCGAGGGCAAAGACGGAGCACUGAAGCUGGUCAGCGAGUCCACAGACACAAAAGUACACGCACAAUGGUCUAAGACAGGAAUGGAAAGGCAAAAGAAAGUCCUUGUUGGGGUCAUUUGCUCACAGCAGAUGAAGAUAAGUCCCCCCAGAGGUUUUAUUCCACAGAUUUACAACUAGAUAUGUAGAAAGAAUGGCUGCUACAUCUGUACAGUCCAUCAAAAGGGAGAUUUUCUCAGAUCACUAGAUGAAAGACAGAUUCUAAUAAUAGAUACUGUUUGUAUAUGCUUAGGUGCAGGUGUGUCUAAACAAGUGUGUGGACUUAAGGAUGAAUUCAAGUCAGAUCUGUGCGACUUGACAAGAAUGUCUGUCUCUUCUUCAGCUUCCAAAGUGAGCUUGGCAGCUGAGAUAGAAGACAAUCCCUGAAGAUCUUCUCUGAUAUACCCAUGAACGGAGGAGGAACCAAGGCCGCGACAGGAGAGGAUUUUUUUCUCAAGAAACUGACAUUACUAGACCCCAAACUGCGGCAAACAGGAUCCUUUCACAAGUGAACUGAAUCUGGUGAAGUGCAAUUCAUACAAUAUAUGCCUAUACAUGGUUAAAAAUGUGUCAUUAUCAGCUUGUAUAUAAGGAUAUAUAAAGCUACCUUAUAUUUAAACAUGCAAUACAACUAUAUUUUUAUACAUCCAAAAUACAUAUUGAACAUGUCUCUUUUUGGAUUUUAACUUCAAUGAAGUGUGUAUCUUAACUAAAUAAUUAUCUUGUCCUGUAUUCUUCAUGUGAAUUAAGUCUCACUGUGAUGAUUAUAUCUUCCUGGAAAUUAAUCAUAUUUGAGAUGUUUUUAAGUUGCCAGGUAUUCCUAUCACCAUUCAACCAAACACCUUUAAAGUGAUGGAGAGCCUGUUUUUGUUAUGAAGCUGAAGGACUGAUGAGGUAGUAAGUGUUGUGCUGCCAUCUAGCUUUACAGUAGGCAACAUGUAACAAAUGCAGGCCAAGCGGUUCAAAGUCAAUGCAGCUUCAACAAAGCACUUACUGUGGUUAUGUUAAAUGUUUCAUCUUAAAAGCCUAAUUUUGUAUCUGCUUCUUUAUUUGAAUGUAAUAAAUCCUAAUUUACUCAUAAUUCAGCUGAAAUUAGGCUACUUGACAUGUUAUUAGGUAACAUGAUUUAUGUCUUGUUAUGGUGAACAUGACAGGAAUUGUAAUAGUUUGCAUCUGGCUGCGGUGUUCUUGCUUCAAAAUAAAUGAACGAAUGCAACCAUGAAAAGAA